AGAGGAGUGAUGUUUUAGUGGAGUCACCUCACACGUAGUAACGACGGAACAACGGUUACUAAAGGGUUUUCCAAUAAGAGGUGUUAUUUGGCUAUUCAAAGAAAAAUGCUACAUUUUAAUAUAAAUGAUCGGAUGUUUAUUUCACUAUAAAGAGGAAGGUAUGCCAUUAAUAUUGGAAAACAACAUCAGGCAAAUGACCACCACGAUCAUGAAAUUUUCCGAAACCGAAUUACAAAGGGGCUGCCCUAUGUCCUCGAUAGCCUCAUGAAUUCCAUCUUUGAGGUCUUGAAUCGUCCCUGGGCUGUUGGCGUAGACCUUCUCUUUCACGUGGCCCCAAAGAAAGAAGUCACAAGGUGUUAAAUCACAAGAUUUCGGUGGUCAAUUGCGAUAACCUCUUCGAGAAUUAACACGGUCCGGAAACUUUUCCCGUAAAAGAUCAAUGGUUUCGAGAGCUUGUGUGCUCUUGUUGAAAAGAAACGUUGUCCAGAUCAAUACCAUCCAAUUCCGCCCAUAAGAAAUCGUUAAUCAUCUCUCAAUAGCGCAAUCCAUUCAUUCAUAGCACCUGUUAUUGGAAAAACCCUUUAGUUCUAAGCUAUCGAGAUAUUUAUAAAAAUGUGAGCUAUGAAUUGAUAUGAAUUGCUGCCUUACCCCCCGAUUUCACCCGAUCUGGCUCCCUGCGACUUUUUCUUGUUCCCUAACAUAAAGAAAUGGCUCGCAGGAAAAAAAUUUAGUUCAAAUGAGGAUGUCAUCGCCUAGACAGAGGUGUAGUUUGGAGAGUUCGAAAAAUCCUAUUGGAGGGAUUAAAGAAAAGGCCGGAGCGUUGGGGAAAGUCUAUAUUUCUAAACCGGGACUAUGUUGAAAAAUAAAAAAAAAAUAAACAAUGGUGUCUUCAUUUCUAACACGGGUACUUAUUGAACUCCCCUCGUAGGUAAUAAAUAAAAACUUUUCAUUUCUAAAAUCGUUGAAAAAAAUAUUAAAAAAAAUGGUGUCUUCAUUUCUAACACGGGUACUUAUUGAACCCCCGUCGUGGGUAAUAAAUAAAAACUUUUCAUUUCUAAAAUCACUUAACUUUAAUAAGUUUUUCCUACUACAACUAAGAAUAAUAAUAAAUCACAACAGUAAUUAAUAAAUCACGUGCGAGUACCGUAAAUCACAUUUCAAAAGGUUUUUCAAUAUUUUCGCUAAGUGUACUUUGGUUGCUUGGAUUGCCUUCAAUUUCUUCUAAUCUCUUGUUACGUAUGGUUGUCGAUAAACACAGACGCACAAAAAUGAAAGAAAAAAGCAACUCUGAGGUAUGUGGAAGUAAACAAACGCAAACACAGUUAAGUAACGGUAAUCACGAGCACAAAGAUCAUCAUCAUCAUCAAGACUUGCUUGCUUUAUUUUUAUUUUUUAUAUCGUGCGAUUGCCGUUAGCGCUGAUAUCUAGAAAUUAGUGAUAGUUUUUUGUUUCUGUUGUUGUUUUUGUUUGUUAUUAAUUACAAAUUAGUUGUAUACUGCUGUCUAAUUGAGGGUGGCAAUUGGUGGGUGGAGUGUGCAAGCGCCUGCUUGGCCAUAAGGCGCUGAUAAUGCCAGCCUACUUCAAGUAAUACUUGAGCACUUCAAUGGCAAAUAGGAAUACUUUCUUGUUUGAUUUAAUUUUUUGCGCUAUUACUUUUUAUAGUACAACUGCAUAUGCACAUACAAACAUACCAGGUAUAUUGUCGCUUUCAAGUGAACUUAUAGGCACAAGCGCUAGCAGUUUGUGCGCUAUAUUCCGCGCGUCAUGUACGCGUUGCAUAUCAAACUCGUUUCUAGCGAAAUCCUGCAAUUUAGAUUUUAAACGCGUACCUUAAAACAAAAAAAAUAAUAAUAAGAAUAAAAAAAAAAAAAAUUACGCGACUUCCCCUUCAAAUGAUUUUCAUGCAAAAAUAAUAUUAUUUAAAAUAAAUUAAAUUUUAAGCGUGCAUUGUGCACUACUACAUAAUUGUUUUUGUUUUUUCUACGUUCCUCCAUUCGUUCGUUCAUUGAAAAUCCUGGGACAUGCUUUACUUAAUGUAUGCCAAACGUUUGCUUGCAUUGAAAUCAUCAUCGCAUCAUCGGCAUGGCACAGAGUUUGGCAGAGGCCAUCGGCAGCAGGAUUGUGUGAGCAGAGUAAUGUCGCCGCAACGCUGGAUCUUGUUGCUCAUCUUUUACAUUGCAUAUUUGAUGUUUGGCGCCAGCAUCUACUAUCACAUAGAACAUGGCCUCGAAAAGAAAAAUCGUGCAACGGAGCUGCGCGAACGUAUUGAAAUGAAUGAAUACCUCGUUAGUGAAUUAGCUGGCAAGAAUGAGAGCACCAUCACCGAGAUACUUGAAAAUAUAUCGGAUUAUUGCGGGAAACAGGUGACCAACUAUACAGCGGAUGAAUUUGACCCACCCUAUACAUGGACAUUUUAUCAUUCGCUUUUCUUUGCCUUCACUGUCUGCUCGACUGUGGGUUACGGCAAUAUUUAUCCCACCACAUUUGCUGGACGCUUAAUUAUGAUAUUCUACUCGAUCAUUGGCAUACCAGUGAAUGGAAUACUCUUUGCGGGAUUGGGCGACUACUUUGGGAGAACGUUCCAAAUGAUUUAUCGUCGCUAUAAAAAAUAUAAGAUGUCACAGGACAAACAUUAUGUGCCACCGCAACUGGGUCUAGUCACUGCAAUACUUAUCGCCUUAAUACCGGGUAUUGGCAUUUUCAUACUACUACCGGCACUUGUGUUUACGUACUUUGAAAAAUGGUCUUACUCCAUUUCGAUUUAUUUUGCCUAUGUGACUACCACAACCAUUGGUUUUGGUGAUUAUGUGCCCACUUUUGGCGCCGAUCAGCCCACCGAAUUUGGUGGCUGGUUUGUGGUUUAUGAGAUAUUCGUCAUAUUCUGGUUUAUCUUUGCAUUGGGCUACUUGGUUAUGAUUAUGGGCUUCAUAACGAGAGGUUUACAAAGCAAAAAACUAAGGCGUUUAGAACAACAACUUUCCACUAAUAUAAAAACAACUCAAAAUCGUAUUUGGACUGGUGUUACGAAAGACGUCGGCAAUCUGCGAAGGAUUUUGAAUGAGCUGUAUAUACUGAGAGUGAAGCCUGUCUACACCGAACCGGAUAAAACUCAACAGCUGUAUCGUUCCAGCUCCGCACCCGAAAUCUCCAUGUAUCGUGUGGACCCGCCGCCCGAAUUUCCACGCAAACGCGCUUUCUCCGAAAGCUAUGAUGUGGUGGAGGCGCGUGGUAUGCUCGCACCCGUGCACGCCGCUUCAGAUACGGAACUGGAUCGGCUCGACAAACAAAAGUCAUUCCAAGAUGCUGACGCCUUUCUACAGACCACCGAACUCUUGGCCAAAGUCGUCAAUGCAUUGGGUGCUGUGCGCGUACCACCGCAAGAGGAGGAUGAUGCCAGCAUGUUUGGUGGCUAUCAUGGCUUCUCCGAUUCACAAAUACUCGCCAGCGAAUGGUCGUAUCCGAGCAUUAAUGAAGCGCCGAAACAGCGUGUACGCGCCAACUCCGAUUACAACUUCGAGCCACCAUGGCGUCAGCGUCGUCCAACCGCGCUGCCGAACGAAUGGACUUGGAGCGGUGAUAAUGAGCGUAUACAGGAAGCUAUUAACAGCCGUUACAAACAGGGUGAUGGUAAGGAUUUGUAUAGGUCCAGUUUUGGUCUGCCGCCACGUGAUUAUGUGGUGAACAUGGAAGAGGAGGAGCCGCAGAAGCCGCGCAUGAAGAAGUUCUCCAUGCCAGAUGGUUUGCGCAGACUGUUCCCUACGAAGAAACGACCCUCGCAGGAGCGCAUAACGGCGGCAGAAGCCGGCGUGGAUACUGCAAUGCCAAAUGGUGCACGUCGCUUCUCGAUUAUGAGCGUGCCGGAGCCUGCGACCCGCACGCCACCGCUCGACUAUUACAGCACAGUUGCAGCUAAUGUGAAUGCGCCCUAUUACGGUAAUGGUAAGCCUGCGCUACCGCCGCCUGCAGGCAACUACCCUUCAGACAGCAAUCUGGCAGCGAAACAGUUGGUUGGCGCGCCCAAUGGUGUGCCGGUUGCCGGUGGUGGUGCACGUAAACGACGUGAAUCCAUUUUCACACAAAAUCCCUCAUCGGGCGCUAGGCGUGGCAGUCUAUUUCCCACCUCUAAUGCGGCUGGACUCACGCAACGACGCGGCAGUCUUUUUAGCACUGCUGCACAAGCAAACAACGGACCACCAUCGCGUCGUGGCAGCCUUUUCCCCGCCGGCGGUCGCGGCGCAACAGGCGGUGAUCGCCGGCCGAGUCUCUUCUCCGUUGCCUCGGAAGAGGAGCGUGAUGUUUUGGAGAAUACAACAAUUGCUGAUUUGAUACGCGCACUAGAGGCUAUGCAUACGGCGGCGGUAAUGGAGGAAACCGCCGAUAGUCCACCCAUAAUCACACACGACGACAUGGGUGGCAUCUUCGGCGGCGAUAAUAAACAACGUAAAAUGGGUAAUGCCGGCCUAGAUUUGCCGGAUGUGCCACCUUUAUUCUCACUCCUUGGCAGUGACGAUAAGCGCGCCAUGAACGCCGAGGCGGCAAAUCGUUUGUACGCACGCCGCUCUACGGUCGUUGGCGCACUCCCCACCUCAUUCAAUAACACACCCACAGGCUCGACAACCGCACUGGCGCAAUCAACGGGUCCGACCAGCGUGUUGACGCGUCGGCGCAAGUCAUCAGCCGUACAACAAAUUGCCGAACCGCCACCAAGUUACAGUGAGCGCGACACAAAUGUGCCGCAAACCUCCAACGCCCCCACGGCAAGUAACAAGUUCAAGCGACGCUUCAGCGUGCGCCCUACCGCGCUACAAAUACCACCGGGCAAAGCGCCGCCAGCCGGUGCGAAUAUCAAUAGCGCGCUGCAGCAACAAACGGCAACACCACCGUCACAACUACCACCACCAGCCUCUUCUCAAAGCGUAUUUCAGCGGCGCCACUCAUUGCGUCCAUCACCGCUCGCACGCGAACUCAAUAUAUCAACAACGCCAUCUUCGACCAGCAGCUCAGGCGAUCCCAGUCCAACCAGCCCGACGGGUAGCGGUGUGACAGCAUCAAGCACUACGCGUCUACUACCCGCCACCUCAACGAGCGCAACACCCAGCGCUGGUGCUGCCGCGCGUCCACCCACAACGGGUAGCACACAUUCACCACUCUCGCGCAUUGUGCAGAUCACACAGGCGCAGCGAAAGAGUAGCAAACCUGAAGGAUUUCAACUAGAACGCACUCAAAAAUCGGACGAAUUGUAGGCGCUUAAGUUAGCAGACGUGUGGGGAGGUGAUGAAAAGCUGAAAUUAAUUUAAUAUAACGACUAGAAACAUAGUAAUUUCUAAAGUGCCUAUUUAUUAUACCUAUACAUAUACAUUUACGCAAUAUACAUACAUAUGUCCGCUCUGAGGUUGUGCCCCUGAUAGUCAUAAUGCCAGAGGGAUGGAAGCAAUAACGGUAUGCCAUAAGUUUGCCACAGUUUUUGAAUCAACUGACAUUAUUAGUAUUAUUUGUGUCCUCAAUUACGUGUAAUAUUAAAACAAAACAAAAACGACGUGACGAAUGUGAUCGUUUUAAGCAUUAAACGUUCCAGCUUAGUUUAGUUAAAAUAUUAGCACUUACGUAGUCGCUAGUGGGUUCGAGGUACUCAGUCGCCUAUCUUAUGCCACAACUAUCUAAAAUUUGCAUAACAGCGUGCGACUUCUUAAGUGUUAAUCCCCGAAAUUGCCAAAAAAAUAUUGUGAUAAGUUUAGUAUUAGCGCAAAAAACAAAAAACAAAAACAAGUUAUUAAAUUUAAAUGACAAUAACUGAGAAAUGAAUUUUGUGUUUCGUUUCUGCGCCAAAAAAAAAACCAGCAAUAACACAAAUAUUCUUUCAAAAAAGUGACAUAAAAAUCAUAUUAUUUAUUUAUUCUAUAACCAUUAAAAUGCAUCUAUACAUAUUUCCUGUGACCAUAUCUUUUGCGAACGAAUGUACACGAUUUCCUGGCUUUCUAUUAUUAAGUAGCAAUUUUAAAAUUUUUUUAGCAAAUAUCUAAUAUUUUGUGAAUGCAAGCAGAGCGAAAAUGAACAAAACAAAAUGUUACCUAAUAAAGAUGCUAUGAAA